AUGCGGCUGCGUUCAUCUCCAGGCCUCCAAUUUACGUUUGUUUUUAAUAAACAACUCUCUCUCAAAAGGCCACCAAUACUAGGUAGAAGAGCAAAUUCAUUGAAACCAUGGAUGAUUGCCCUUAUUAUCGCAGCUGUUGUGUUGGUUCUAGCAAUAAUCAUCGGCAUCCUUGUUUAUUUUUUGGCAUUUGAUCAGAAAUUUCACUAUUACCAAACCUCCUUCCAGAUCCCCAGUAUUGAAUAUAAUCCUGAUUUUUCAGUAGAACACUCAAAAAUUAGGACUGAACUGAUACAAAAAAUCAAUAAUGAGAUAGAUGAGAUAUUUCAAACAUCCAGUUUAAAUCAGCAUUACAUCAAGUCUCAUGUUGUCAACCUUAGGUCAAGUAAUGAUGGUUUGAAAACAGAUGUAUUGCUUAAAUUUCACUUUGUUUCUAAGAAUGCAGACACAAUAAAAAUGCAAGCUGAUAACAUUUUGCAUCAGAAGUUGAAAUUAAAUGAAAGCUUCGUGAAGAUAGAUGCUUCAUUACCUUAUCUUAGAGAUAUAAACGAAGCACAAGCAGAGCACAUUCUGAACAGCUAUUGUGGUGUAGGGAGGGAGGCCCCAUCCAUGGAAAGAAUUGCUGCUGGCCAUGUUGCAAGGAAAGCAGAUUGGCCAUGGCAAGCCAGCCUGCAGAUGGAUGGCAUCCAUUUCUGUGGAGCAUCUUUGAUCAGUGAAGAGUGGCUCCUGACUGCCGCUCACUGCUUUGACAAUUACAAAAACCCCAAACUCUGGACGGCUAGUUUUGGAACAACUCUAAACCCUUCAAUAAUGAGAAGACAGGUGCAGUCAAUUAUCAUUCACGAAAACUAUGCUGCCCAUAAGCAUGAGGAUGACAUCGCUUUGGUGAAGCUCUCCAUCCCCGUCCUGUUUUCUGAUGAUGUGCACAGAGUCUGUCUCCCAGAUGCUACUUUUGAAGUCUUGCCUGAGAGUAAAGUGUUUGUCACUGGAUGGGGAGCAUUAAAAAUAAAUGGUCCCUUUCCCAAUAUUCUGCGACAAGUUGAAAUAGAGACCAUAAGUAAUGAUAUAUGUAAUCAAAUUACUGUAUAUGGUGGUGCUGUGUCAUCAGGAAUGAUAUGUGCUGGAUUCUUGUCAGGAAAAUUUGAUGCCUGUGAGGGUGAUUCAGGGGGACCUUUGGUUAUAGCACAAGAUAGAAACAUCUGGUAUCUUAUUGGAAUAGUAAGCUGGGGAAUGGACUGUGGCAAAGCAAACAAUCCUGGAGUUUAUACAAAAGUGACUCGUUAUCGGGACUGGAUUAAAUCUAAAAGUAACAUUUAA